AUGGCGAGUAUUAGUGUUGGCAGGAUUUCUGAAUUUAAUCCAAGUGAGGAGGACAUUGUGCCCUAUUUGUUGCGCCUGAAACAUUUUUUCAAAGCGAACAAUGUUAAGAAGGAGAACGAGGUGUCGGUUUUAAUUACAGUUAUUGGUCCCAGGGUUUUAUCGGUCCUAUCCGAUUUAUUAUCACCGGUAGAGGUAGAUUCUAAGACCUAUGAUGAACUUGCAGCGUUGUUGAAAUUACAUUAUGCGCCCAAGAAGUUGGUUGUGGCGGAGCGAUAUGUAUUCUACUCUCGUGUGCAAAAGCCGGGCGAAAGCAUAGCGGAGUUUGUGGUUUCAAUAAAACAUUUGGCUAGUUCGUGCAAAUUUGGUACCUUUUUGAAAGACGCUUUGAGGGACAAAGUGAUUUCCGGCAUUUCUAAUGAAACUGUCCGGCAGAAAUUGUUGUCGGAGGAAUUGGACUUUGACGAAGCUUAUGCGUUAGCGCUCAGGCUGGAACAGGCCGAAUCGCAGUCAAGCCUAUUUGUGCAACCUCGUGGGGACAUUGCGAAAAUCAAUGUGAAAAGUCAAAAUAGGCCUAAAACUUUCAUGCAUAGGAGUAGUGAAAAUCAAAAUUCUAGAAACUCUUGCUGGAGGUGUGGUUCUGCGGGUCAUUGGCCUAGUGCGUGUGCGUUCGCCAGUUACAAGUGUCACGGUUGUCAGAGAGUAGGUCAUCUCAAGAAAGUGUGUAAAGCCAAGAAAUCUUCUAGUUUCCAUGGUAAAAAGUCGACACCUAGGAUGGGGGUCCAUCAAGUGGAGGAAGAGGUUGGCCUAGGCCUAGAAGUUCCGAUGGCUGAGAUAGGUUUGUACAACCUUAAAUCAGGAUCAGAAAACGGCUAUAAGGUAGGCCUAGUGGCUAAUGAUGUAUAUUUAGAAAUUAUUCUAGAUACAGGCAGUGCCUUGACUAUAUGUCCUUCUGAAAUAUUUUAUGAACAAUUUUCUAACCUCAAACUUAGGCCAGCAAAUGUGUUAGGUCAGUUGAGGUUAGAUUGGCAAAACGUGUUUUCAUGUAAAGCCACUGUGGAUCAUAGUUAUGAUGUGGAUAUUGCUAAGUUGAAGAGUAAAUUUAGGUCAGUUUUUCAGCCUGGAACGGGCGAAAUUAAGGGUGUUAAGGCUCAUAUUGUCUUAAAGGAGGGGACAGUCCCUAAGUUUUGUAAGGCGAGACCAGUGCCUUUUGCGUUAAGGGAGAAAGUUGAGAGUGAGUUGGACCGCAUGGUUCAAGAGGAUGUUGCGUACAGAGUUACUAAUUCACAGUGGAGCACUCCACUUGUGGUUGUCCCUAAGCCUAAUGGUGUUAGGCUUUGUGCCGAUUAUAAGAUUACUCUUAAUCAGUGUAUUGAAAUGGAACAUUAUCCGCUUCCUCAGGCUCAAGAUAUUUUUGCAACUCUAGGCGGUUGCUCAGUUUUUAGCUGCCUUGAUCUUUCAAAUGCGUAUCAGCAAUUGGCGGUAGCGGAUGAAUCGCAACAUUUGUUGACCCUAGCUACCCAUAAGGGUCUGUAUCGUUUAAAAAGGCUACCAUAUGGUUUGUCUUCAGCUCCUGCAAUUUUUCAGUCAGCCAUCGACCAAAUUUUAACAGGUCUUCCAGGAACGGUGGCGUACUUAGAUGACGUCUUAGUGGCGGCUCGCUCUAAGGAAGAGGGGCUCGCCCGUCUGGCGCAAGUGCUGCAACGCCUUGAUGAGUUUGGUGUUCGAGUAAACCAACAAAAGUGUAAGUUUUUGCAAUCUUCAAUAGAGUAUUUAGGACAUGUGAUUACUCGAGAUGGUCUCCGUCCACAAGAAAGUUUGUUAACUGCGCUGCGUAAAGCGCCUGAGCCUAGUACUAAGGAAGAGUUACGAGCCUAUAUUGGUCUAAUAAAUUAUUAUCAUGCAUUUAUACCUAACCUGUCUGCUAGAAUAAGCUGUUUUUAUGACUUAUUACAUAAGGAUCAUCCAUGGGUGUGGUCGGAGGUGUGUUCUAACACUUUUCAGGAGAGUAAAUCAUGGGUGUUGGACUCAAGUUUGUUAGUUCACUAUGAUGUGAAAAAGCCCAUAGUUCUGACGUGUGAUGCGAGUCCCAGAGGGGUGGCUGCUGUUCUAUCUCAUCUUAUCGAUGGGCAGGAAAGGCCAAUUGCCUUCGCAUCGAAAACGCUAAGUUCCAGUGAACGGCAUUAUUCCCAGUUACAUCGGGAGGCUCUGGCUUUGAUCUUUGGAGUCAAAAAGUUUCAUAAGUAUAUAUAUGGACGACACUGUAUUCUACAGACUGAUCAUCAGCCGUUGACGGCUAUUUUUGGCUCUAAAAAGGGCGUUCCUAGUAUGGCGGCAGCUAGGCUGCAGAGAUGGGCCUUGAUUCUAUCAGCAUAUGAUUUGGAGGUUAGGUACCGGAAGGGGGUGGAUGUCCCUCACGCUGAUGCGUUGUCUAGGUUACCCUUAGCAGAAGCGGAACCUAUAGAGCUGGAUGCUAAUUUUGUUUCACAUGUAGAUGUGUGUACAGAAGUGAUGAACAAUUUCUGUGUUGUCAAGGACAUUGCACCUAUUACUGCCUUGCAUAUAGGUAAAAUGACGGAUAAGGAUCCGAUUCUUUCGAAGGUCCGAGAUUUUGUGAUGUACGGCUGGACGAGCUUGGUUGAGCCGGAACUAGCUAUUUUUCUAAGGAAGAAGGACGAGUUGUCCGUGGAACAAGGUUGUUUGCUGUGGGGUUCUCGUGUAGUGAUUCCAAAGAAACUGUAUUCAUCUGUGCUUCAAAUGUUGCAUGAUCAACACCCGGGAGUUACACGCAUGAAGAUGCUGGCGAGAAGUUAUGUCUGGUGGCCAGGCAUGGAGAAGUCGAUUGAAGACGUGGUGGCCUCUUGUUCUGCGUGUCAGUUAACUAGGAAUUCGGUACCUAAAGUACCGUUGCAGCAAUGGCCUACAACAUCAACUCGAUGGCAGAGGAUACACAUUGAUUUUGCGGAGGAUCCGGAGUCGAGACAGCAACUUUUGGUUCUGAUUGACACAUACUCUAAAUGGUUAGAGGUAUUUAUCAUGAGUUCCAUGAAUUCUUCCAAGGUUAUCGAGAAACUCCGUACCUUGUUUUCAUCGUAUGGAUUGCAUGUCGAACUGGUGUCGGACAACGGAAGAUCUUUUACUAGUCAAGAGUUCAAAACCAUUUUGCAUAACAACAAUGUGAAGUUCACAUUAACUCCCCCGUAUCAUGCGGCUUCAAAUGGAUCUGCAGAGAGAAGUGUUCAGGAGGUCAAGAAAAACCUUUUGCGUCAAGUGAUUGAGGAACAUCAGCGUUCUCAGCGUACCACUCUUCAAAUGAAAUUAGAUAAUUUCUUGUUUGCGUACCGCAACACUCCAAAUACAGUUACUGGCUUAACACCUGCAGAAAUGUUCCUGUCUUGGAAGCCUCGUACACAGUUGGUUAUGUUAAAACCCAAUCUCCAGUCAUCCAUUGAUCAAAAACACAGGGAACAAAAAGAUGCAGCUGAUAGGCUUAGGGGAAGAAGUAGAUUUUUCUCAGAAGGUCAGGCAGUCUAUGUCAAAACUGUCCGAAAUGAAAAGAUUUCUUGGGUUCCUGGCAAAAUAAUUAUACAGAGAAGUCCGGUCACCUAUCUUGUGAGUGUCAUUGGUGGAAAACCCCGAUUUUGUCAUGCAGACCACUUGAGAGCUAGGUAUGCAGAAGAGGAGGAGAUUUUUGUAUCACCCAAGGAUCCCGUUGUAUCACCCCAAGUACCCAAGAAUUCGCCCCCGCCGGAGGAUCGACCAACUAGUCCCCUGAUGAUGUCACCUGUACCUAGGCCUACUACCAGUCCCAGGGAGAGCCUAGGGCAAGCCCAGCCUCAGCCAACUCCUGCGUCGCCGCUAGCACAGUGCAGCCCACCACCCUCGCUGAGGAAGUCUGGACGGACUGUGCGAAAGCCUCACAGGCUGGACUUGUAA